AUGUCUAACCAAAACGAAAAAUUACCAGGAUUGUUAUCAGAUGCUGUGCUCAAGGCCUCAGAGCCAGUUCCAGAAGAUUUCGUCGAAGUUAAAGGUAUUGAUUACUCUAAAGAAGAAAGUGUCAAUAUGAGAGCUAGAGAUUUAAUUAAAAGUAUGAGAAAUAUGGGAUUCCAAGCUUCAUCUAUGGGUGAAGGCUGUGAAAUCAUUGAUGAAAUGAGACAAUGGAGAGGUGUUCAUAGAGAUACUUUAGAAGAUCAUGAAAAAACUGGUGAAUUUGAUGAUGAAGGUUAUCAAAAAACUACUGUGUUUAUGGGUUAUACUUCAAACUUAAUCUCUUCAGGUUUACGUGAUACUUUACGUCAUUUAGUUCAACAUAAACAUGUUAGUGCUAUUGUUGCUACUGCUGGUGGUAUUGAAGAAGAUAUUAUCAAAUGUCUUGCACCAACAUUUAUGGGUGAUUUUGCAUUAAAAGGUUCAACUUUACGUGAUAAAGGUAUGAAUCGUAUUGGUAAUUUAUUAGUUCCAAAUGAUAAUUACUGUAAAUUUGAAGAAUGGAUUGUUCCAAUCUUGGAUACUUUAUUACAAGAACAAACUGAAGCUGCUGAAAAAUUAGGUAAAGAUGCAUUUGAUGCUGAUUCUCCAGCUGUUUUAACUCCAUCAAAAUUAAUUGAUAGAUUAGGUAAAGAAAUUAAUGAUGAAACUUCAGUCUUAUAUUGGGCUCAUAAAAAUAAAAUCCCAAUUUUCUGUCCUGCAAUUACAGAUGGUUCAAUUGGUGAUAUGUUAUUUUUCCAUACUUUUAAAGCUUCUCCACAACAAUUAAGAUUAGAUAUAGUGGCUGAUAUUCGUAAAAUCAAUUCAAUGUCAAUGUCUGCAUUCCGUGCUGGUAUGAUCAUCUUAGGUGGUGGUUUAGUUAAACAUCAUAUCUGUAAUGCUUGUUUGAUGAGAAAUGGUGCUGAUUAUGCAGUUUAUAUUAACACUGGUCAAGAAUUUGAUGGUUCAGAUGCUGGUGCAAGACCUGAUGAAGCUGUUUCUUGGGGUAAGAUUAAAGCUGAUGCUCAUUCUGUCAAAAUCUAUGCUGAUGCUACUGUUGUUUUCCCAUUAAUUGUUGCUGCUACUUUUGCUAGUGGUCAAUAA